UUAUCAUUGAACAUCAUCACACAGAUUCCUUUCUGUCAUUUGUUUCUAAUCGCCUAUUGAAGAUGACGGUAGUAGGUGAAUAUAUAGACUGGAUGAACAGGAUUUUUGCAAAAAGCAUGGAAAGAGCAGACCCCAGAGUCUCUUCGUUGUUCCUAAUGAGUUCAGUGAAUAGUUUAUUAUAUGUGAUCAUCGCCUACCUAAUAUUAGUUUAUUAUGGGUUAAAGUUCAUGAAAGGAAGGAAUCCUUUUCAAAUAAAUCGACUCGUUUUUGUUUAUGAUUGGGUCAUGGUAGUUAUGAAUGCCUAUAUGCUAUAUGAAUCUAUAGCAGUCGCAUUAAAUGAAAAUUACUCGCUUUACUGUCAAAAGGUUGAUUACAGCUCAAAUCCUAAUGCUUUAAGAUUACUUCGAGCUAUUUGGUUAUUUCAUAUAUCAAAAGUGAUAGAAUGUUUAGAUACAUUCUUUUUUAUAAUUCGUGGUCGAACACAUCUUGUCACAUGGUUACAUGUCUAUCACCAUUGUACAAUGAUUCCGAUAACAUGGGCUGGAGUGAAAUGGGUAGCUGGGGGUGAAAUAUUUCAACCUGUCGCAGUCAACUGCACGAUUCAUGUGAUUAUGUAUAGUUAUUAUGCAUUUGCAGCUCUUGGACCCAAAUGGAGAAAAUACUUAUGGUGGAAACGUUACCUAACAAUGCUACAAAUGAUCCAAUUUAGCUAUGGAGUGUUUUAUUCCUACAUUUCACUUUACCACCAAUGUGGUUUGAAAGAAUUUGUAUAUUACAUCAAUGUGUUUUACCAAGCCAGUCUUCUAUUGCUUUUCUAUAAUCAUUAUCACCAUGCAUAUCAUAAAUCGAAAAACCCAAAGUUAUGUAAAGCAACCGAUGACAGUUCAAUAGACAUUCAUACAAAUGGAAAUAUUAAAAAACAUGAAUGAGAUUCAUCUAUAUUAUUUGGUUCUUUCAACCAUUAGCUGACAAUAUCCUAAAUAUUACAAAGAUAUAUGUAAAAAGUAUAUUUUUUACAAUGACAAAUAAAACGAGAAUGUAUACAUUUAAUAUAAUUAAUUUUCGAUGUUAUGAAAUUAUGAUACAAUCUUUAAACUAGUGAAAUCAUAAUUCUUUUCUUUUUGUUUUUUGUUUAUUUCUUCUAAAAGUAUUGACAUAAUACUUUUUCAUUUAUAUGAAUUAAUAUCGUUUUAAAAUUCUAAGUGUACCUCCUUGUUUAUGUGUAAUAGUAAACAUUUUGUGCAUAGACUAUAUUUCUUUUUUAGACCAUUUUCAUAAACGUAUUCUUUUUUAAAGAAAAGUAUUGAUAAUUUAUACAUAUGUAAAGAAUACAGGUACGUCAAUCAUUUGUGUAUAUGUACGCUUAUAUUGUGUUAGAUAUCUUGAUGAUCAAGUUAGCAGGUAAAAUACUAAAUUAUCAAACUUUAAGUUGCAUAUUUAAAUUGUUAUGUAGUUAUUUUAGUUGGGAAAACCAAAGAGUAUUGACAGUCGUAAUACAUAAAAGUGAUCAUUCAAAGUUAAGUAAAUGAAGGUGUCAGUAGUUUCUUGAUUAGAUAAUCAUUUUGAUUGUACACUAAAUAAUUAUUAGUAGUAAACUAGAUUUGAGUAACUGCCUUUAUUUAUUCGGAUAAUUUCUGUUAUUGUAUUUAAUCUUCCCAAUAAAUACUUAAAUUGAGAUUA